AUGGAGUCUGUUGGUGUUUUUGCUGAUGGGGAAUGGGAAUCCUUGAGCAGAUUGUUUUCCACUGAGGAGAUUGAGUUAACUCCACAUUUUCUUUCUCAGGGUUCAUUCCCUUUCCAGCACAAUGAGGGAAUGAACUUUGAAAUCCCAGCCUCCUUUUGCCCCAAUAUUCCUGAAGCUGAAAUGGGAUUGAGCAGGGUCAAUGAGAGCUUCUUUCAACAUCCUUCAGAUGCUCUCAACUCUAAUGUGCAUUAUCUUUCUCAGGAGAGUUGUUAUGGUAAUAACAAUCAUGGUAGUGCUGGAAUUUUUACUGCCAUUCUGAACCAGGAAAAUUACUACUUUGGUAAUUCUUGCCAUGUCCCAGUGGCUAAUGAUAUCUCCGCAUCUAUGGAUGUUUAUAUGAAUCAUCAUGAUCAUGAUGGAAAGAGCUUUGGUUCAUUCAUCCCAACAUUUUCUGACAUUGUGAUGGAAGGAAGUGUCUCUAACAAAGAAGAUUCUGGCAGUGACAGAUUGGGAUUUUCAGAUGACAGCCAGCCAGCUGCAACUGCAAUUCCAGGAGAGGAAUUGCAUCUGAAAAGGGUGCAUGAUGUGGCAGAAGACAAGUCUAACAAUGACAAAUCUGACAGUAAUCCAAAGAAGAAACCCUGUCUUUCGAAAGAUGUACAGAAAACUAAGAAAAAUAAUGCAAGGUCAAAGAAGGGCCAAAAGGCUAACUCAGAUGUGAAAGUCAAAGAUGAAGAAGAGAGUAACACAGGGGCUGAUAGGCAGAGCACUAGUUCUUGCAGCUCUGAGGAUGACAAUGGUUCUCAGGAGACCAACGGAGGAGAAACUUCGGACCCCAAAACAUCAUCAGCCCUUAACUCGAAUGGCAAGACAAGAGCCAACAGAGGCUCAGCAACUGAUCCACAAAGCCUCUAUGCAAGGAACCUUGUCCCUAAUGGAACCAAGGUUGACAUCAGCACAAUGCUGGAAGAGGCAGUUCAUUAUGUGAAGUUUUUGCAGCUCCAAAUCAAGCUUUUAAGCUCUGAUGAUAUGUGGAUGUACGCACCUAUUGCCUAUAACGGAAUGGAUAUUGGUCUCAGCCUGCAGAAGAUGUCUCCACUUCUAUGA